GGUGUGUGGAGGCGGUUACCACUUACCUUAGGAUAUUGGAACUAGACAGCAGGGCCGGUUCUUUCUUCGGGUUAGUUCAAGAUGGCAGACCAGAGGCAACGUUCGCUCUCUACCUCUGGAGAAUCGUUAUACCACGUGCUAGGGUUGGACAAGAAUGCCACUUCGGAUGAUAUCAAAAAGUCUUACAGGAAACUUGCAUUGAAAUAUCAUCCUGAUAAAAACCCUGAUAAUCCAGAGGCAGCAGAAAAAUUUAAAGAGAUCAAUAAUGCUCAUGCAAUAUUGACCGAUGCCACAAAGCGAAACAUUUAUGAUAAGUAUGGUUCUCUGGGUCUGUAUGUAGCAGAGCAGUUUGGUGAAGAAAAUGUGAACACGUACUUCGUGCUGUCCAGCUGGUGGGCAAAGGCCUUGUUUGUGUUCUGUGGGCUCAUCACGGGCUGCUACUGCUGUUGCUGUCUGUGCUGCUGCUGUAAUUGUUGCUGUGGGAAGUGUAAACCUAAACCUCCUGAAGGUGAAGAGCAGGAAUACUACGUCUCUCCAGAGGACUUGGAGGCACAGUUGCAGUCAGAUGAAAGGGAGGCCUCAGACGCACCUAUUGUGAUACAGCCAGCAUCAGCCACAGAGACGACCCAGCUCACAGCUGACUCUCACCCCAGCUACCACACUGAUGGAUUUAAUUAAGUUAAGGAAACACUGUAAUUAGAAUGGAUAAAAAAAAAAAAAUACAUGGCCAACUCAACACUAGAAUCAUGAACAUUAGAAGUAGAGAAUGGGGAGGGGGAAUAAUUCUGCCACACUAAGAAGGCAGCUUUCCAACCUGCCGAAAAUAUUUUGUAAUCCCUUCAGCCUUUUGUCACCUUUCAGUGUCGUAUCUUGAUGAUACGUGAAGUGCUGUAGCAUGCAGUAUUUAAAGCAGUUUAGCUACGGUCUUAUUUGUUUCCUUUUUUUUUCCUGGUUUUUUUUUAUAGCAUGUAUGGAGUUAUGUUAAAUGUCUGUGGUGUAAUGUAUUGAGUUGUCACAAUAUAAGUGUGAUGGAGACAUUCUGCAUUUUAAGCAGUGGUACUGGCCUAAAAAUGAGAUUUAAAAAGUUUCACAGAAGCCACUAUUCUUCCGUACAGCUGAGCUGUCAAAGACCUUUAAAAGUUCAUGAUUUACAUUUGAGUGCAACAAACCAAUUCUUUUAUUCCUCCUUCUAUUCCUGCGUUGUUAUCUAAGCAAGUUCUGAAAGCCAAGAACCAAAACAUGCCAGUCCUGCAGAGCUGGAGUUCUCUUUAAUGUUGGUUUUCAGCUGAAAUAAAUCUGCCUUGAAAAAUAAAAAGGGAGAGUUUCCAAUCUUUGAACAGUAAUUUGACGAACAGCUCUUUACGUGUAAGGUGAUCUUCGGUGACAGUGUAACCGCAAACUCUAGUUUGCCACAAAACCAACUGUGAAUGGGCUUAUUUGGUGGUGGCGGUGGGAUUUUAACUUCAAGCACAAUUCUGUUUUGGUUUGAGUUCAGUCAUUUUCCUGAAAUGCUAAAGACCAAAUAGUGCAGCUUUUUUUGAAUGCAUGAGAAUCUUAAAGUGAAACUGAUUAAUUGGUUUUCACUGAGCAAGUGAGUAAAACGCAGACAGUAGGCAACAGCAUAAAUGUUUAAAAAAAUUUGGUUUUUAAAAAUUUGUUCUAAUAAUUUGAGUCAAAUGGGGUAUUAUGUGUCUUUUUUUAAAGCUUGUAUAAUACACUAGCCCUUUAAUUUUCUCAUGAACAUCUUUGUGGGGUACUUAAAUGGCUUUUUAAGAACAAAACACCUUUCUUUGUGUUUAUAUUGUAUAAUUUGCACAUUGUCUUGCAUUUAGACUUGUUUACACCAGUGUUUUUCUUUUCCUCAGAACAACUAUGGGGAAACCAUUGAAAGUUUUCCUGUACUACUUUGAAACCAAAUCAUGUUUGAAUAACACUCUAGAAACUGUGGUUUACUGAGAUGUAACU